AUGGCUGUAACAUCACCUUCCCAAGCAACCAGCUACGAUGUGUUCCUCAAUUUCAGAGGCUCAGACACACGCCAAGGUUUUACUGGCUAUCUCUACAAAGCUCUAUUUGACAGUGGAAUCCACAUUUUCAUUGAUGAUGAGGGCAUUCAGAGUGGACAGAUAAUACCAGAAUCACUCAAGGAGGCAAUAAAAAAGUCCAGGAUUGCCAUCACUGUGCUCUCACCAGACUAUGCUUCUUCUUCCUUCUGUUUAGAUGAACUUGUAACCAUUCUUGAAUGCUCCAAAAACAGUGGACUCUUGGUGUUGCCAGUCUUUUACAAGGUGCCUCCUGGUCAUGUCAGACACCAGCGAGGAAGUUAUGGAGAAGCAUUUGCCAUACAUGAGCAAGGGCUCCACCCAAACAUGGAGAAAUGGAAGAAGGCACUGAAAGAUGUAGCUAACAUUUCUGGCUUUCCUCUCGAUUAUGGAAAUGAAUAUGAGCACGAGCUUAUUAAAAAGAUUGUUGAGCGUGUCAUCAGAUUUCUCAAUAAUGAUGAAAAAAGUUUGCAUGUUCCAGAUUUCCUAGUUGGAGUAGGGUCACAGGUUGAAGAAAUAAGAAACCUUUUGGCUGUUCGAGAUAAUGGUGUCAAUGUCAACAUGAUAGGGAUCCACGGAAUGGGCGGUGUGGGGAAAUCAACACUUGCCUGCCUUGUUUAUAAUUUGAUUACUGCUGGCUUUGAAGGUUCGUGUUUUCUUCAAAAUGUAAGAGAAGAAGCAAACAAACAUGGGUUAAAACACCUUCAUAGCAUCAUUCUUUCACAGCUAGUUGGAAUGAAGGAAAUCAACGUGGCAAGUGAGCAACAAGGAAUUUCAAUAAUAAAAAAUAGGCUCAAACGAAUGAAGGUUCUCUUAAUUCUAGAUGAUGUAGAAAAGCACGAGCAAUUACAGGGAAUUGUUGGAAGUGCUGAUUGGUUUGGUCCAGGCAGCAUAGUCAUCAUCACCACUCGGGACAAACAACUUCUAGCAUCUCAUGGGGUUAAAAGAACACACGAGGUGAAGGAAUUGAAUAAGAGAGAUGCUCUUAAAUUGCUUAAAUUUAAAGCUUUUAAAAUGGAAGAAGUUGAUCCAAGUUACAAGGAGGUAUUGAAUCAAGUAGUAACUUAUGCUUCUGGUAUUCCACUGGCUUUGGAAGUAAUAGGUUCCAACUUGUUUGGAAAAAGUGUUCAAGAAUGGGAAUCUGCUAUCAGACAAUAUAAAAGAAUCCCUAAUAAUAAAAUCCUAGAGAUACUUAAAGUAAGCUUUGAUUCAUUGGGAGAAGAAGAGAAGAGUGUUUUUCUUGACAUUGCUUGUUGCUUCAAAGGGUAUAAAUUGUCAGAAAUUGAAGAGACACUUCGUGCUCUUUAUGAUAACUGCAUGAAGUACCAUAUUGGGGUGCUAGUAGAAAAGUCUCUCAUAAAGAUUAGUCAUGAUGAAAGAGUCACAUUUCAUGACUUGAUUGAGGACAUGGGUAAAAGAAUUGACCGUCAACAAUCACCGAGAGAGCCAGGGAAGAGGAGGAGAUUAUGGUUACAGGAAGAUAUUAUUCAAGUUUUGAAAGACAAAUCGGGAACUAGUCAAAUCAAAAUUAUCUGUCUGCAUUUCUCAAUAUCCGACGUCCAAGUAGUAGAAUGGGAUGGAAUCACAGAUAUGAAAAGUCUUAAAAUACUUAUUGUUAGAAAUGGUAUCUUUUCCCAAAUUUGGAACUAUCUUCCAGAAGGUUUGAAGGUACUAGAGUGGAGAGCAUAGGUAUCCAACUAAUUUCAUCCAAAGAACUUUCCAUAUGGGAAGUUACCUAAUGGUUGCAUCACAUCAUUGGAGUAUGGUAGGUUAUCCAAGGCAAGUUUGAAGAAUACAUUUUACUCACGCUGUAAAUAAAUAAAUUCACUGUAAGCUCAUAGUAAUAUUCUAGAGGUGAUGUUUGCAUGUAAGUUUAUUGUUAAUGGUAUUCAAAGAUCUCACUUGGUAAAAAAAUAUGUACUCAUCUUGCCGAGUAGUUUGAAAAUAUUUUCAGAGCAUAGUAAAUAGAGGAGAGACACCUCUAUUUAUAGGAGGUACCACAAUUUUAUGUACACGAGACUCACUUGUGCAAUGUAUCAUAGAUAAGUCCUUAAAGAUAGUGUUCAUUGACACAUCAGAAAACCAUCUUGUUCUUUUCUCAAAUAGCUUUUAUUAUAUCUUU